AUAUUUGGUGAAUCUAUGAUGAAUCGAAACCUCAAGGUCAUUAGCAUCAUGAUGUUUACUCAGCUGUUUACUUCCUUGUUGCUUUUCGCUCUCCCAUUUUUAAUCUUAACCAUCAUCAGAAGAACGUCGAAAUCCCAGAAAUCAGCUUCAUCUCCUUCAAAUAUCCCCAAAUCUUACCCGAUUAUCGGUUCCUAUUUCGCUAUCAAAUCCAAUCGAGAAAACCGUGUGCAAUGGACUACCGAAAUCCUCCAGAGUUCUCCCUCUGCAACUUUCACCCUCCACAACUUAUUUGGUAGUCGCCAGAUUUUCACUGCCAACCCCGCCAAUGUCCAGCACAUGCUCAAGACCCAUUUCUUCAACUACUAUAAGGGCCCUGUCUCCAGGGGCGUUCUCUUCGAUUUUCUCGGCCACGGCAUCUUCAACGUCGAUGGCGAGUCUUGGAAGUACCAGAGACAAGUUUCUAGCCACGAGUUCAACACCAAGUCGCUUCGUAAAUUCGUGCAAACCGUGGUUGAUACUGAGCUUCACGACCGUUUGAUUCCGAUGUUAUCUGAUGCUGUUGUCGAUAAGUCCGUGCUUGACUUGCAAGAGAUUCUUCAGAGAUUCGCUUUUGACAACGUUUGUAAGAUCGCUUUUGGGUUUGACCCUGCCUGUCUUUUGCCUUCUUUACCGUCGGCGCAGUUUGCUGAAGCGUUUGAAGAUGCAACUGAUAUAAGUAGCAAAAGGUUUCGUGCUUUUCUUAGCAUAGCUUGGAAAAUCAAGCGAUUUUUCAAUGUGGGAUCGGAGAAAAGACUCCAUACUGCGGUCACUCAAGUCCGUGAUUUCGCGAGGAAGAUUGUAAGGGAGAAGAAACAGGAGCUGGCUGAUAAAUCGUCUUUGGAAUCUGUUGAUCUGUUGUCGAGGUUCUUGACCUCAGGCCAUACGGACGAGAAUUUCGCGACGGAUAUUGUCAUCAGCUUCAUACUUGCCGGCCGUGACACAACAUCGGCUGCUUUGACGUGGUUUUUCUGGUUAUUACACAAGAACCCUGAAGUUGAAAAGGAGAUUCUCAAAGAAAUCAAAGGGAAAUCCGGUAUGCCGGUGUUUGAGGAAGUUAAAGACAUGGUUUACACACAUGCUGCUCUUUGCGAGUGCAUGAGACUGUACCCUCCAGUCCCAUUGGACAGCAAAACGGCGGUGGACGACGAUAUUUUACCGGACGGGACGGUUGUGAAGAAAGGAACGGUGGUGACGUAUCAUCCUUACGCGAUGGGGAGGAUGGAGAAGAUAUGGGGAUCGGAUUGGGCAGAGUUCAAGCCAGAGAGAUGGCUGCAGAGAGAUGGGGCGGGGAAAUGGAUCUUUGCGGGGAGAGAUCCAUAUACUUACCCAGUGUUCCAGGCGGGACCCAGGCUUUGUUUGGGGAAGGAGAUGGCGUUCUUGCAGAUGAAAAGGGUGGUGAGUGGUGUUCUAAGGCAGUUCAAGGUGGUGCCGGCAGUGGAGGAUGGGUUUCAGCCAUCGUUUGUUGUUUAUCUAACAUCGAAGAUGAAAGGUGGGUUCCCAGUCAGGAUGGAGGAAAGGGAAAAUGUCGAUUGAGCUAAAGCGUCAUGUUUAAUGUGCCAAUCACUGAUUUUCAAGUAUUUAGUUUUAGGUUGUUUUGUUCCGCUUGCCAUAAUAUUGAAAAUUAUUAUACUUCCUUUUUAAUCUUUAAAUAAAAUGAUAAUAUAUUUUAAUA